AUGCUCUAAAUUGUACAUCUAAUUCUUACUAUUCAAAUUGUGAAAAGUAUUAAUUGAAUUGUUUAUAUCUUUAGUUGUAAUUCAUAAAGAGAAGAUAGAAAAAUUGAAAAAUUAAAUGUUCAUAAAUUUUUAAUCUAAGAUAACUCAUCUAAUUAAUUGA